AUGAAGAGGAAUUAUAGAUAUGGACUUCCCGACCUGGCUUUUUUGGCCAUCAAUGUUGCCACAUUGCUGCAAAUGAAAGGAUCUCAGACAGAAAAUGAUCAACAAGAACGGUUGCUUGCCAUGUUGGAGCAGAAGAAUGGUGAAAUUAAACAUCUAUUAGGUGAAAUUAAAAAUCUGGAAAAAUUUAAGAAUUUAUAUGAAAGUAUGGAAUCAAAGCCUUCAUCCAGCUCUGAAGUCGUAGAAGAUAAUACUUAUUACACAGACUUGCUUCAAAUGAAGCUUGACAACUUAAACAAGGAAAAUGAAAGUACUAAAGGUGAAUUGUCAAUACAGCGAAUGAAAGCAUUAUUUGAGAGCCAACGGGCUCUGGAUAUUGAGCGAAAACUGUUUGCAAAUGAAAGAUGCCUUCAAAUUUCCAAAAGUGAAAAUAUGAAACUAAGAGCUCAACUAGAUGAGUUGAAACUUAAGUAUGGUCUUGAAGAGAACACUGAAGUGCCGGUACUCAAAAAGAGGCGUGAGGUGCUGCCUGUUGAUGUGCCUAUGCCUGUCAGUGACAAUGCCAACAGUGCUGUUGUGGGACAAGAAUGUAACUGGCCUUCACCUAAAGUGGAAGCACAAUUGUGUCCUGCUAAUUUAGAAAAUAACAACUCACUGUUGACAAACACCAUUUCUGUAAACAAGCCAGGAGUCAGUUUCUUUCCUCACAAAAAUAUGCCCAUGGAUAUUCCGCCAGUGAAGGAAAAGAAAUGUGUGAAACUUGCAGGCGUUACAACGGACUCUGAAGCCUUAAGUGAGAGAAGUGGAAACACCCCUGACUCUUCCAGGAUAGCUGAUGAACAUAGCACUGGAAGGGUGCAGAAACAAGAGUCUGAGAUUCAAGAGUUUUCAGGCAUUCACUGUAACAGCUACACUGCCUUGGAUCCUGCAACAGAAAAUAAAUUGUGUCUCUGA